AUGACACUAUUCCGGCCAGGGAUGAAUGCUGACAUUAAAAAAUCAGUUACAAACUGUAGCACAUGCCAGAUGCACCGACACAUGAACCAGAAAGAAACCCUGAUCAAACCAACCACCCAAUACCAAGCUUACCAUGGCGAGUUGUUGAAUCAGACCUCUAACAACUUCGAUGUCAGAGAGUACGUCUUGGUAGUAGACUACUACAGCAACUACCCAGAAGUGGAACACCUGCCAGAUACACGCUCAAGGACAGCGAUCAAUAAAAUAAAACGAAUACUGGCACGUCACGGAAAGUGUCAGAAAUUGGUGAGCGACAACUGCCCUCAGUACUCCAGCAGUGAAUUCAACAGUUUUGCAAAGGAAUGGGACUUCAACCAUAUCACAUGA